ACUGAGUCGUGCAGCCGGUGCGUUCGAGGCAGAGCCGCUCGGAGCAGUCAGAAGCAUGGCUGGGACGUGGAGCGUCGCUCUGCUGGAGGUCUUCACGCUCCUGUGGACUCUGUCCAGGGCAGAUGCCAUCGAUGAGGCAAACGCCACCACGAUUUGGCCCUUCACCACUCUGAACGUCACUGUUUCCGGUGUGGAGAGUUCGUCCAGCGCGUGGGCCGUCGUCGGGAGGGUGGCCGUCGCUUUGUGUGUGGCGGGAGCAGUCGGCGUAAUCCUGUACUGCCUGAAGAAAAAAUGUCCGAGAGGAUCCCGUGAUGGUGAACGUCAACUGGUUGUGUCGCGUCGGCGUGCGAACAGAGAGUCCCGUCCUUUGAACGGAGACAUGAGGUCAAACACCAGCCAGUCAUCUCUGAGCACCCCCACCUCGGAUUGAGCUGCACCACCCGGACACUGAGCUGUCCUGAGGUCUGAUCUGUUACAGUACUGUAAAUACGGAGGAAUGUUUGCUGGAAGAGCUGGAGGAAAGGGAUCUCAGUGACCGAGUGAUGGGAACUGAAGUUAAACCAGCCAAUCAGCUGAUUCAGUAGAUUUUGUCAAUAUAAUAUUUAUUUAUAUGAAUAAAUUAUAUGAGUCACUUGUUCAGAUGAACUCAUGUCUUCAACUGUUGUUAUUUUCCUAAUUUCUCUUUUAUUCUCCUGGGUACGUGGCGACUCUUCUGGAGACUCAUCAGUGCCUCUUUCUCUGUUUUGGGACAUUUUUGCAAAGUUGAGGUUUUGGGUUUGUCAUAUCUUGGUAUAAAACAGUCUACAGGCCAGUGAAUGGGGCCGUGUGUUAGAAUACGGCGCUGAUAAAAAAGGUCAUUUCCCCUUUCACAAUAAGGAAGACUGAAAAAAUGUGGUUUUGGUCAAACCUGUUUUUGUGAAGACAUGAUUUUUGACUUCCUACAGUUGUAUCCACACUCUGCGGUCUCUUCCCACCUCUCUGGUUUCUCUCCAGCUAUCGUUACUUUUGUUCAUUCAAUUUCCAGAAAGAUUUGCAGGUUUAGAAGCAUUCAGAUUGUGUUUCGCUUCAAAGUAGGAACUUUCCCUCUUUCCACUUCCUUGUGUAUGUGCAAUUAAGCCGAUUUAUCUUAAUGAGAUUGAAUAAUAUAACUGAGAGAGCGUGUUUUGUUAUUUGGAGAGCUGUUUACAUUUCACAGAUUAUUGUAUUUGAAUGAAAUAUCACUCAACAGGGAAGAAGGUCACUCUAAUAAAGAACAAAGCAAAGAAAUUCACUGUGGAUUUGAGUUGUACAUCUUUGGAUUUCUAUUCCUCUAUGAAAAAUAAAGCAAAAUAUUUAUUUGAAAGCGUUGAUCUUUGAUGUCUGUUGUUGUGUGAAGGUAUCUGACCCCCGUCCGGCCUCCUCCCUGCUUCCCGGACCGGCUGCUCCGUCGGUUUUCUAUUUUCUGCCCUCUGUUUCUGCAGCUGCCGCCCGUCACUCAGCCGGCGGCUCCGGCCUCCAGGCAGAAGGUCGCUGGGUGAGACGCCUCGGGAUCAGUCGGCCAUGGAGCUCCAUCGGACGGCACUGUGCUCCGUCUUCCUGCUCGCUCUGCUCGCAGCAGAGUGCUGGGGCCGCAAUGAGGAGGAGCGCCUCAUCAAAUACCUUUUUAAAGAGAAAGGAUAUAAGAAAGACCUGCGACCUGUGGAGAGGCAGCAGGAUGUCGUUGACGUUUACCUCUCUCUCACUCUCUCCAACCUCAUCUCCCUGAAAGAAGUUGAUGAGACGCUGUUGACGAACGUGUGGAUAGAACACAUGUGGACGGACUACCGGCUGUCGUGGAACUCGUCGGAGUUCGACGGCAUCAGCGUCCUCCGCCUGCCGUCCGACAUGCUGUGGCUGCCGCAGAUCGUGCUGGAGAACAACAAUGACGCCCAGUUUGAAGUGGCCCUGUACUGCAACGUGCUGGUGUAUGACAGUGGUUUCUGCUCCUGGCAGCCGCCGGCCAUAUUCCGCUCCUCCUGCUCCAUCAACGUCAACUACUUCCCCUUCGACUGGCAGAACUGCACGCUCAAAUUUGUCUCUCUGACCUACAAUGCAAAAGAGGUCAGGAUCCUGCUGAAGGAAGACGAGGAGGAAACAGAGAAAUGGACAGUGGAGUGGAUCGUUAUCGAUCCGCAAAGCUUCACAGAAAACGGCGAGUGGGAGAUCAUCCACCUCCCGGCCAAGAGAAACACCCACAAGCACAUUCCCAUGGAGAGCAACAAGCACCAGGACGUCACCUUCUACCUGAUCAUCAAGCGCAAGCCUCUCUUCUACAUCGUCAACAUCAUCAUCCCCUGCGUGCUCAUCUCCUUUCUGGCCGCGCUCGUCUACUACCUGCCUGCAGACAGUGGUGAGAAGAUGACGCUGUCCAUCUCGGUGCUGCUGGCUCAGUCUGUCUUCCUGCUUCUGAUCUCUCAAAGACUGCCGGAGACCUCCAUGUCCGUUCCUCUCAUAGUCAAGUACUUGAUGUUCAUCAUGGUUCUGGUUACUGUGGUGGUGCUGAACUGUGUGGUCGUCCUCAACCUGCACUUCAGGACGCCGAGCACGCACGUCAUGUCCGAGUGGACCAAGAGGACUUUUCUCGAGCGUUUGCCUCGGAUCCUGCGCAUGUCGCGUCCCGAGGAGGCGGAGCCGCUCUGGGAUGGAGCGUUGCCACGGCGAUCCAGCUCAGUGGGCUACAUCGCCGCGGCGGAUGAGUAUUACAGCGUGAAGUCCCGCAGCGAGCUGAUGUUCGAGAAGCAGUCGGGGAGACACGGGCUGACGGCGCGGCCCACCCACGCUGCGGUGGUGAAGCCGCAGGAUGACGGAGGCGUGACGGACCAGCUGUACGCAGAGAUGAAGCCGGCUGUGGAUGGAGCCAACUACAUCAUCAAGCACAUGCGCAACAAGAACGACUACAACGAGGAGAAGGACAACUGGAGCGGGAUCGCCCGUACGGUGGACCGCCUCUGCCUCUUCCUGGUGACCCCGGUGAUGAUGUUCGGCACCGUCAUCAUCUUCCUGAUGGGAAUCUGCAACCACCCGCCACACCUGCCCUUCAGUGGAGACCCGCACGACUACACGGAGGCCAACAGACGCCUGCUGUAGCGCCGCACAGCACACACAGAUUGUGUUCUCAUCCAGAGGUGUGUGGAGGUGUGUUGUGUUUAUUUAAUGACAUUUUCAAGUUGCAGCUGUGUUUUAUUAGCAUGUGGUGGGUAAAUAAACCAGGAAAUCAUUGUUGUAUUUAAAGUUUGUGUGUUUUGAAUAAACGUUUUCUUUCUUAACUGAA